AUGCUCUCAUUUAUUGCACUUGCAUUACUCGGAGCAGUAGCUGCACGCCCACCUUAUGGCGUUCCAGAAGCUGCACCGCCCACGUAUCCAGUACAACAAGCUCCUCCUGUCCAGACAUUCCCCGUCUAUUUUCCACCUACAUUCAAUGAGCCUGUCGUCGGCAAUGUACGUGGUGGACGUGAUUACGGACGUUUCCUUGACAUCUUCGACGGUCCACACAGGCGUUAUCCAGGCUAUCCAGUUUUUCCCGGUUUUCCUGGAUUCCCUGGAUUCCCCGGAUUCCCCGGAGGUUUUCACCCUAUCGAUCCCCUAUCGAACCCAUUCUACACGAGAAGACAUCACAGAAGACAUCGUAGACGUGAUAGCCGCAGCGACAGCAGACGUCGUGACGAUUGCGACAGUCGUGACAGCAGAGAUUGCUGA